AAUCAUGGAGGGCUCCCCAAGAUUGCAACAGACCCCUUAGCUGAUGGGGUGCCAACCUGCUUGUGAGAGCUUUAUUGUAACUGCAGUUUCCCUUUCCAGGAAGAAAACAGAUGUGCUUCCUUGCCAGUCCAGACAAAUGGCUUCUGCCUAAGUUCCUCUUCCUUAAUUAACAUGAAGAAGACAAACGUGGUGACUAAAUUUGGAAUCAGAGGCUUUUAAAGCCUCCCAACUGCUCUGAUCCCACACCAGGACCCUGGCAUCUCUGAUCUAACAAGGGCAUCUGGACAAAGCCAUCACCAUUCACCCUGUUCUGCACCUGCCCAACGAUGACUUCUGUCCCAGGCUAACCAGAAAGGUCAUGGGUGCUGAGAGAGCCCCCCAGAGCCAGCCAUGCACCCUGCACUUCCUCGUCCUCAUCCCCAUCCUCCUCAGCCUGGUGGCCUCGCUUGACUGGAGGGCCAACCCCAGCCAGGACCCCUUAGAGAAGUGCAUGCACGACCCUGACUAUGAGCAACUGCUCAAGGUGGUGACCUUGGGCCUCAAUCGGACCCUGAAGCCCCAGAGGGUGAUUGUGGUUGGCGCCGGCGUGGCCGGGCUGGUAGCUGCCAAGGUGCUCAGCGAUGCUGGACACAAGGUCACUAUCCUGGAGGCAGACAGCCGGGUUGGGGGCCGCAUCUUCACCUACCGGGACCGGAAGACGGGCUGGAUUGGGGAGCUGGGAGCCAUGCGCAUGCCCAGCUCCCACAGGAUCCUGCACAAGCUCUGCAAGAGCCUGGGGCUCAACCUGACCAAGUUCACCCAGUAUGACGAGAACGCAUGGACUGAAGUGCACAAUGUGAAGCUGCGGAACUACGUGGUGGAGAAGAUCCCGGAGAAGCUGGGCUACGCCCUGCACCCCAGGGAGAAGGGCCACUCCCCCGAAGACAUCUACCAGAUGGCUCUCAACCAGGCCAUCAAAGAUGUCACGGUGCUGGGCUGCAGAAAGGCGAUGAAGAAGUUUGAAAGGCACACGCUCCUGGAAUACCUCCUCGGGGAAGGAAACCUGAGCCAGCCGGCCGUGAAGCUUCUGGGAGACGUGAUGUCCAAAGACGGUUUCUUCUAUCUCAGCUUCGCCGAGGCUCUUCGGGCGCACAGCAGCCUCAGCGACCGGCUCCAGCUGCCGCGCCGCCUGCGGGAGACGCUGCGCGGGCUGCACUACGUGCCGGCCACCAAGGUGUUCCUGAGCUUCCGCCGGCCCUUCUGGCAGGACGAGCACAUCGAGGGCGGCCACUCCAACACCGACCGCCCGUCGCGCACGAUCUACUACCCGCCGCCGCGCGACGGCGCGCUGCUGCUGGCCUCGUACACGUGGUCGGACGCGGCGUCCGCGUUCGCCGGCCUGAGCCUGGACCAGGCGCUGCGCGUGGCGCUGGACGACGUGGCGGAGCUGCACGGGCCGAUCGUGCACCGGCUCUGGGACCGCAGGGGCGUGGUCAAGCGCUGGGCGGAGGACCCGCACAGCCAGGGGGGCUUCGUGGUGCAGCCGCCGGUGCUCUGGCAAGCUCAGAAGGAGGCCGGGCAGGGCUACAACUGGGCGGCCCCCUCUGGCCGCGUCUACUUCGCUGGCGAGCACACGGCGCUCCCGCACGGCUGGGUGGAGACGGCCGUCAAGUCAGCGCUGCGAGCCGCCAUCAAGAUCAACAGCCGGAAGUGGCCUGUGCCCGAGACGACCAGCCCGGAGGAGCAGGGGCAGCAAGUGCCCAGGGGGGAGGCCUCCCUGUGUGACCUGGCCAAGGGAGGGACCCCCCAGCCUCGGGACCAAGACCAGUUCUCUCCCCCACACACGACGCACAAGAGGACCUCGUAUUAA